GUUCUACGAAGUGUUGAGAAGGCCCGACUGAGCUACUUGGGAUAUUUGGGAGAUUGAUGUCACUGUUUCGACGAUGGAACGCGUUCGAGCUUGAUGUAGCGUACCUUCGCAAAUCGCAAAGUCCUAGUUUUUGUUACAUGACGCCUUCCACGAGUGACGCUCGCUCCAUCGGACGAAGCACGUACCACAAAAUGAUUGAUCAUCACCCAUACGCUGCUUGGAAGGGGCGUAUGGGUUUGCCCUCUAUAUCAAUUACUGAGUCCUGCGAUACCGACCUGCAAUUCAUCAGAUCCAUCUACGCAGCCAUCCAAGACAAUCUCACCAGACCUGCUUGCAGCCAUGUCUUACCCAUCUACCUACACAGCCUACCGUCGCAGCGCAGGCAAAGACAGUGCCUCGCGUCAAAACCCUCUCACUCUUGAGAAAAGCCAGGAAACGCUCCCUCAAGAGAAGGACCUCGGGCCCAACGAUGUGGUCAUCAAGAUCCACGCCGUAUCGCUCAACUACCGUGACGUCGCUAUGCUGGUUAAGGAGUACCCUGUCCCCAUGACUGAACAAGGCAUCCCAUGCUCCGACUGUGCCGCCGAGGUCGUUGGGCUCGGGUCUGCAGUCAAGGACUUCCAUAUAGGAGAUGCCGUUGCUCCGAUUUGCAACCAAGGCGACUUUCACCCAACCGAUGAUGGCGUUUCAGUGGCUAUCGGUGCGAACGGUCCAGGCACACUGAGGCAGUACGGUAUCUACCAAGCAAAGCACCUAGUACACUUGCCAAAGAACUUGUCGUGGGAGGAGGGCUCGAUGCUCCCAUGCGCAGGCGUCACUGCUUGGAACUCAUUGGACUCAUUGAAAACUGUGCAGGAGCACGCUAGUGCCCUUCUCCAAGGAACCGGCGGUGUUUCUAUGUUCUCCCUGCUACUUUGUCUCGCCGGAAACAUCACACCAAUCAUCACGUCUUCCUCGAACGACAAGAUCAAAGCUAUUCAAGAGAAGAUCAGUGAUAAGGUUCGCGGUCUGAACUACAAAACCGAUGAUCAAGCCGCCAAGAUCAAGGAAAUCACGAAUGGUCGUGGUGUUGACUUCGUCGUCAAUAACACCGGCGUUGGCUCUCUUAUCGAUGAAAUCGGCUAUCUAUGCCCCCGUGGCGGGACUAUUUCUCUCGUUGGCUUCCUUGCUGGCUGGGAGGCUGACUGGAAGCCAUCUGAUCUCAUCGCCUUGAUGGGCAAGGGCGCAAAGUUGAAGGGUAUCGCUGUUGGAUCGAAGAAGGAUUUCGAAGACAUGAAUGCGUUUAUCGAGGAAAAGAAUGUGAAGUUCGAUGUCAUGCUGGGCAGGACUUUCGGGUUUGAGGACGCGAAGAAAGCAUUCGAUCUGCAACUAUCGGGUAACUUUUCCGGUAAGAUCGUUAUCAAGGUCGCGGAGUGAGGGGGUUGUCAGAACUUGGUUGCGAUGCUUCGGUUUCCUCAUAUUCGAGACUGCCUUUUGUUUGGAUAACGAAAAAUAUCAUGAUCUACAUAAGGAUUGCCGGAAGGCGUUAAGUGUAUGGC